UGUCCGUUGACUCCAAAGACUAAAAUGCCCGGCUUUCUGAGUUUCAUGUGUUCCAAGUUUCUGAGUUUCAUGCAUUGUGGAAGAAUUGGAUUUUUAUUUGAUGCAUGUGGCAAGAAAUUUCAGAAUGUUACUAUGGCAAAGCGGAAGUCUUUUGCAUCUGUCAGCGUGCAGGAUGAUAAACGUUUUGAUUUCUUGCGUACUUUAUUUGAGGGUGUUAUAGCAGGAGGUACAGCUGGUGCUGUUGUUGAAACAGCUUUAUAUCCCAUUGAUACUAUAAAGACAAGAUUGCAGGCAGGUUAACAAUGCAAAUAAAUUAAACUUAACUUAUGCAUUUGGUUAGACACAGUUAUCUCUUAAUCCUCUGUCUCUUCAAUCGCUCUCUCUCUCUCUGUUUUUUUUUAGACAGAAAAAGCUACAAUGGCACAGGAAAUCAGUAAACUAGAUUAAUGAGGUUUCUUUCCCUAGGUUUCUAUUUUUUUUCUCUAUGUUUAUCGUAAUGACUCAUU